UAACAACCCUGAGUAAUAUGUCUUUACUGUCGUACUCGCGUAAAGUCAUCGUUGGAGAUUUUUGUAGAAAUGGACAAAUUGUUUUUAAAUUAAAACUGCUAAAAAAUCACGAAUAUAAAUAAGUCUAAAUUGUGUAAAGAAGUUGUCAGAGGAUCAAUAAAUAAAAAAGAUAAAUGGGUGAAAAAUACCCGAAAUUGAAUAAAAUGUGCGAAUAGGAAGCGAAAAGCGAAUUUCCAAGAGAAUAAAAUAAGGUUAAAAAAGGCGGAGAGUCAGUGUGAAAACAUAGAACAUAAAGGAGAAGAAAAAGUUUUACACAAAAAAGGAAAUUGGUGUAUUAAAGAAAAAAUAGUAAUAAUUCCGAUUUUUGUAGUCAGGGAAAGUUGCGCGUGUGUUUUUUUUAAGUUUUCGUUCGAAAAAAGAGGAACUUUGGGCAAAUACUGCAGUUUUGGUCACAGCAUCGCGUGCCUAGAAAAAGUGCAAAAAUCCACAAAGGGGCACGGCCCCAAAAUCACGGCCGUUUCUUAAUUUGUCAAUUUGAGGAUUGACAACUUAAAAUAAGAAAACAAAAAAGAUAUUCUGUCGCUUAUUGAUUCAUGAGAAUACAACUGUUUUGAGGAAUAUAUAUUAGCCAAAUAGCUAUCAAAUUAAGCAAUUGACUUCGAAAAGUUAUAGUGAAUUAUAGUUAAAUAAAAUUUGUUCAUUAUGGACGAAGACGACAACAUAUCUAGUGGUGGCGACAUAAACAAUGAAAUUUCAAUUGGUCGAGUUGGUGGUGGUAAUGCAGGAAGCAAUGAUAUUUCAAACGUUGAUAAUGAAAUAACAGAAGAUGACGAAUUUGAUGAUGUUGAUAUUUCGAUGGUAGUUAAUUUACCAUCUGGUGUCUCCGUUAGCACAUCAGGAAACUCAGAACCUAGGUCACAGUCUACAUAUGUAGCCGUUGCCACUGCUCCUAUUUCGGUGCGAGCUGGGCUCGAUUUUCCGGAUUGGGAAUCGGUAGGCACAACCGAAACGGAUGAAGACCUGCUAACAGAUGCUUCAUCUAUUGCUUCGAGCUCGGCGAUGGCCGCAGGAAUAGUGCCCGGCAGUACAGGUGGAGCUAAACCGAGUUUUUUCUUUGGGACAUCAACAUCAUUUAGCUUAAGAAGUCGCAAAGAGGUAGCAGCACUAAUUAAUGCCGAGUGUUGUCGAAGUGAGAAAACACCGGAAUUGGACGCAAUUGUGGACAAACUUUUUAACCCGGGAACUCCUAUAGACAAUGCUGAUAAUAUUGAGUGGAUUCGUUGGUUAAUUGCAGGAGGUCGCACACCUCAAGAAUUCGUAAGAAUUGUACGAAGCUAUGAUAAUCACGCAAAAUGCGGUCUUGUGUGGGUACCACAUGUAGUGGCGUACCGAUGUCGAACAUGCGGAAUUUCACCUUGUAUGUCAAUUUGCCGAGACUGCUUCAAGAAAGGAGAUCACACCAAUCAUGACUUCAACAUGUUCCUAUCACAAGCAGGCGGCGCAUGCGAUUGUGGUGAUACUUCUGUAAUGAAAGCUGAGGGCUUUUGCAGCGAUCAUGGAAUCAACAAUCGAACCAAUAAAGAGCCUGUGCCGCCUAACUUACUCGCCGUAGCAGUAGCAAUAAUGCCAAAAUUGCUUUUCCGAUUACUACAGCACUUUAGAGAGAAUAGUGAUGCAACUUCUCAAACUUACAAUCUGGCGGCCUACUCAUGUGAAGAAUUUACCAAUAUGUUGAUCGAUUUGAACAAUAUGGGUGAAAUAAUGCGUAAAGUGAUGACUAGAGCGCUUAUUAAUCCUGAUGUGUAUAAAUUUUUUACCGAAUCUCCUUGCUUGGAU